AUGGAUUUCAAAGCAAAACUACUAGCCGAAAUGGCUAAAAAACGAAAAGCUGUUUCUGGUUUGGAAGUGAAGGAAGGAGGCGCAAAGUUUGUGAGAGGAGCUGAUUUGGAGUCGAAAAGAACUCAAGAAUAUGAAGCAAAGCAAGAAGAAUUGGCUAUCAAAAAACGGAAAGCGGACGACGAAAUACUCCAAGAAUCAACUAGUCGGGCAAAAGUUGUUCCAGAAGUUCCUGAAGCCGAAUUCGAUGAAAAAACACCUAUGCCGGAAAUCCAUGCUCGUCUCAGACAAAGAGGACAGCCAAUUCUUCUCUUUGGAGAAUCUGAACUGAGUGUUCGGAAACGUCUUCAUCAACUCGAAAUCGAGCAACCAGAGCUGAAUGAAGGAUGGGAGAAUGAAAUGCAAACGGCGAUGAAAUUCAUCGGAAAAGAGAUGGAUAAGGCAGUCGUAGAAGGUACAGCAGACAGUGCGACUCGACACGACAUAGCUCUCCCGCAAGGAUACGAAGAAGAUAAUUGGAAAAGCAUUGAACAUGCUUCAACGCUGCUCGGUGUUGGUGAUGAGAUGAAACGAGAUUGUGAUAUAAUCCUCUCAAUAUGUCGCUACAUUCUCGCUAGAUGGGCAAGAGAUCUCAACGACAGACCAUUGGAUGUUAAGAAAACUGCACAAGGAAUGCACGAAGCUGCUCAUCACAAACAAACGACGAUGCAUCUGAAAAGUUUGAUGACAUCUAUGGAAAAAUAUAAUGUGAACAACGAUAUCCGACAUCACUUGGCGAAAAUUUGUAGAUUAUUAGUCAUCGAGAGGAAUUAUUUGGAAGCAAACAACGCCUACAUGGAAAUGGCAAUUGGAAACGCACCAUGGCCAGUUGGAGUCACUCGUUCUGGUAUCCAUCAACGUCCCGGUUCGGCGAAGUCAUACGUCAGUAAUAUUGCUCAUGUGCUCAACGAUGAAACUCAGAGAAAAUAUAUUCAAGCUUUCAAACGACUGAUGACAAAGCUACAAGAAUAUUUCCCAACAGAUCCAUCGAAAAGUGUCGAAUUCGUCAAGAAGUCUGUCUAA